AUGCCCACUGUGCCUGGAAUUUACAAAAAAAAGGACUCUGAUUAUUUACAGUUAGCAGAAAGUCCCCAAGUAGAUGACAGAAGAGGUUCAGACACUGAGAUUGUAUCUGUAAACAGAAUUAGUCCACAGCUGAGGACACCCUUCCAGUCCAGUGCGAGAGCCGACAGUAUUUCCCAAUCUAGAGAAACCUCAGCGCAAGCCAAACUGUCAGAUACUAUUCCGGUGUCUCCCCUGGAGACAGAUCCAGGCUCUGAGAGGCUCCAUUUGUCCCAAAACAGCCCAUAUAUGACCGGAAAGCAAGGCGAGAGGCAAAUCCCCCCUAAAACACAAAUGCGUAGAGGUUCAAGUGAAGACCCACUGACGAUGGAUAAGAGCACACAAUCGAGCAUGUCUCUCAACGAAAGGGAGGCUACUUCUAUAAAAGAGAGAUUUAACAGCCCUUCCACAAACAGACACGGUCAACCACUACCAUUAAGUACUGCAGAGAAGAUAAAGCAGCUCAGGUCUUUCUGGGAGAAGGAGUGGAAAAAGCCUCCAUAUAACAUCGACAAACUCGAACCUUGUGUUGAUGGUAAAGUUGGUCGUGGUGCAAAUCAAUCCAAAAUGAAUUACAGAUUUACAAAGUCGGAGUACGAUCUGACCUCAUUGGACACGAUUGGAAAUGAUUCAGGCAGCGAUGACAAGCACUCUGAUGUAAAUUAUCACAAUUUGAGUGCUCUUCCUUUGAGUCAGUCAAGAGACAAGUUGUCCCCUAUCCUACGCACAAGCCAAACACAAUUUAGUACUCUCCGGGAAUUCUGGGAUGAGGCCAGGUCAGAUACCAAGGGAUCGUCUCCCUUCGUCAAACUCAAAAGCCCCAAAAUGAAGGAGCCAAUAAGUGCCCAGCUUUCUUCUCAGGGCUUAAAGUGGGAUGACCCUGAGAAUUACUGCGUUCCAGAGAAACCAAGACCUGCUGCCGCGAAAUCAUCUCCACCCCUUCCAAAUCGAUCAAAGUUACCUCGCAAUAGACUGACAUUGUCGAGAGUAGCGAAUGAUGGCACAAACAACUCGUCCAAUUAUGCGACAGUUGAGUCCAAAUGGAGUUCAAAAGAUCCUAAUAGAGAGGAGAAACCCCCGACAUUUCCAAGCAGUUUAGGAAAAGAGAUCCGUUCUACAAAGACCAGAAAAGACAGCUUCGGCAGAUCAAGCACUCGUGGGAACUCCAUGCGUCGCGCCACAAGCAUGUUUCUUUUGACUGAUCCUGAGGAAAAGGAGCGUGAAAUCGACUUCAGCCCCGUCCACUCCCAGAGCAGAAAGCAGAGGCAGAACGCCGAAAGAGGCGCCCCGCCAAGAAGACCAGCGGAGGAGACUUUGACUCCACGCACACGGGUAUACGUUCCCAAAGACUACCGGCAUUACCUGGGCAUGACAGACGAGACCACUUCGCACAACUAUCUCGCCCCGGCUGUGACGGAUGAGGGGUCAGGAGGAAAGUAUGGGUAUGAAUUUGAUCUGGAUGGGCCGGUGAGGGCCAGCACUCCGAUGAGCUUAGAGGAGUGUUACAGUAGAGGGGGCGGCAAGGCAAGGCAGCGGCCCCUGUGGGCAAAAUACAGCAGUUCAGACGCAGGUCAGGAAUCAUCUGUGAGCAGCACGUCAGAAACCUGGUCCAACUCGAGGAACAGUUCAAACCGUGAGAAUGAGGUUGAAGUGCUAAACCUUGUCAGGAAAGCUUUGAGGAGAGCAGAAGCAAGGCCAACAAAUCUAGCUAAAAGUUUGGAGGACAUCACAACAUCUUUAUCACCACGACAAGAAGCAAGAAAAGACACAACUGCUGACAUGAGGCGUGAUGUUUCAUCCAUUCCCUCGACGUCAUCGUCCUUAUUUUCGGAUCAGGAGCACCUGAAAAUGAUGAGCAAGUCGGUUCCUUCAUUGUUACAGAAGGAGGACCUUGGCAGAGACAUUGAUUCCACCGACGAGGACAGUUACCGACCAGGAAGACUAAUGACGGGCAGCUCGUUGAAUAACCUCACCAGCUCCUCUGGCAUGUCGUCUUUGUCUUCUCUGAGUGGAAGUAUGAUGACCAUGUACAGCGGGGAUUUUGGGAAUGUGGAUGUUCAGGGAAAUAUCCAGUUCUCCAUCAACUACAUCCAGAAGCUCAGAGAGUUUCACAUCUUUGUGACUAAGUGCCAAGGCCUGGCUGCAGUCGACCCAAAGAGGGACCGUUCUGAUCCGUAUGUCAAAAGCUACCUGGUUCCUGACAAAGCUAAUUUGGGAAAAAGGAAAACAUCCGUGAAAAAGAAGACACGAAAUCCAACUUUCAACGAGAUCCUCCGAUAUCGUGUUCGCAUGGAGUACCUCAGAACCCAGACGCUCAUUCUCUCCGUUUGGCAUCACGACACCUUUGGCAAGAACAGUUUCCUGGGCGAGGUAGACGUGAACCUCUCCAAGUGGAACUUCGACCACACCCAGAUGAACUACUUAGCCCUGAAAGCAAGGACCCCAUACACUCUGGCGCCAUCUCUCGGUCAAGGAGAGAUGAGACUGGCCAUACGUUUCCUGCCAGAGAUCAUCCACAGUGAAGGAUUAAUGAAGGAGGGUCCAAACACCGGAGAAGUUCACAUUUGGGUGAAAGAAUGCAAGAACUUGCCUGCAAUCAGGGCCACUAUUGACCCAUAUGUUAAGUGCUUUAUGCUGCCGGACAUAAGCAGGAAGAGUCGCCAGAAGACACGUGUGUUGCGGAGGACACUGGACCCAGCCUUUAACCAUACGAUGGUGUACGACGGUAUCAGACAGGCCGAUCUAUCAGAAGCCUGCGUGGAGCUCAUUGUCUGGGACCAAGACCGGCUGGCCAGCAACCUGCUGGGGGGCCUGAGGCUUGGAGUUGGAAAAGGCAAAAGUUACGGAGAAAUGGUGGACUGGAUGGACUCAACUCCUUAUGAGGCGGCCCUGUGGGAGCGCAUGAUGACCACCCCGAAUGAAUGGGUGGAGGACGUUCUCCCAUUAAGAGUAAUGAACUCUUCAAAAACACGUUUAAGAUAACUAAAAGUCGUGCAAAGACAGUAUAAAAACACUGUCAAUUAAGAUGUAAAUUCAGUCUGGAAAAGCUUCAUGUAAUAGCGAGUGAAUAUGUACACUUACUUUUUGUUACUGCCGUUUGCUUUUCCAUUUCGGAACAGGAUAAACAAUACAUACGUAUAUAACGUCGGCACUCUGGCCAAUGUAAUGUUAGCAGUCAGCUCAAAGCACCAUUGUGUUGUGCUUCAUUUCCACUGCAUGGAUGGCACCUGCAGUGCAUUUUUUGAAAAGGCAACCCGCAGGACUAUGCCAGACUCUACACGACGUCGCAAAAUGUAAAUAAAACGGUUUGGUUUCCGAUGAAAGGACUGAGCAAGUACCCCGGUGAAGAUGAUGUCACUGAAGUUUGGGUCGGCUGUAGCUCAUGGGGAGAGUGGUCCUCCUGAAACCACAAGGUACAUAGUUCGGUCCCCGCUCUCCCCGGUUGCAUGGCUAAGUGUCCUUGAGCAAGACACUGAAUCCCCAGUUGCGUCACUGCAUCCCACUGCUCCUUAAUAACUAAGGGUCAAAUACAGAGAAGAAUUUCCCCACGGGUAUUAAAAGCGUAAAUGUCUUUCUUCUUUUCGCGUAGUGUUGCUGCAAUAUCAUUCAGAGAAUCCUGCCUACAGAGAGGUACAGCGGUGCUCGAUGUGCAAUCAUUAUUUUACUCGAUCAAUCAUUUUUCCCUCUAUACGAUGUUCAAUCAAUGCCAAAAGUGCCAUAAUGUAUUGUAAUUUUAGCAUUUUUUUUUACGCUUUUAUCAGUAGUUGGUUUUUGUCUGCGCGCUCUAGUGAAAUACGGAUCCUACAUCGGUGUUUAUGGAACCUCUUCUCACAUGACCUCUUUCCAGCCAACCAUGCUUUGUGUAAACAGUUUGAGCUAUUCGUCUUUCUCCCUGCCCCUCAACUCUAAUUUUCUUUUACAAAAAUGGUCACACUGAUGGAUUUAUGAACACCCAGUCUCUUCACCACCUCUAACGAUAUCUGCUUGCUUGAAAACAAAAUUACAAAUGUAGAUACAUCGGCCAAAGUUGUUUAACCAAGUGUUUUUUUAAAUACUAUUAAUACCAAAGAUACACCCUUGUUGUCUAUCCUUAUUUUAACCUCUGAUGGUUAAGUAAGAAAAUCAGCUUUUUCCAAUUUUGGUGAAGCAACCCUGUGAAUUGUAAGCAUAGAUAACUGCUCACUACAUUGUUUUUUACAGUAAAAAUACAAAUAAAUCUGAUGUGACUACACAUGUGGAAUGAAUGCAAAGAGGUAGCUCAUAGUUGAGUGUCUAAGACAAGUAAAACACAAUAAGGUCUUAAUGGGUGUUGAGCACGGGAUAUGGAUGUGUUGAUGUGUAGCAUCUGUAGUGUGGUCGCUGUAACUGAGUGGGAAUAUAGCGUCCCUCCACUACCUGUCCCCUUCUGAUGCCACAAUAUAUAUAUAUAUUAAUAUAUAUAUAUAUUAAUAUAUAUAUACACCACUAAAUUGUACUUGAGUAUUUACAUUUUAAAACACAUGCACAUAAACAAGUCAACUGGCUUGAUGGGAACAGUGAUGAUAGAAGUAUUCAGAUUCUUUACCUCAGUUGAAGUAUAUUGUAUUUGUAUUUAUUUGAAAGAAACAAAAAACAAUAGAACUGAUAGCUGUUUCGUGAGAGAAAUGUGACAUCAUCAUGAAACAUGUGGAAUAGUCAGUAUUCUGGAACUGAACAGUCAGUUCCAGAAUGACACUGGAACUCUGUCAUUCCAAGACCAUCGAAUAAGUAAACACACACUUUACAGCAGAGCUGAAAUCUAUUUUUUACUUGAUUUUUACUGGUUAAUAGAACUGUAUUGUGUUGGGGUAAGAGUACAGUUCCUCUCCCAAGACUGGUAAAUAUCAGAGUCUUAAUUGCAUGUGAACAAAAUGGACGGAUUUACAGAGGUUUGCAGUCUUUGCACUUGUGACCUUCUGCAGGAAUUUCGUUCUUCAAAAAGGACAUGUAAAUUAGAGAUAAGACUAUUAUCUCAGAUAUUGCAUUACAUAUGACUCCUUAAUCCCUUGUUUUAUGUUUGUGGAUUGUUGAUCUUGAAAAAACUGUUCUCACCAUGUUAAAGAAAAGGCUUCCCUUGAUAUAAUCAUAGAAAAUAUUGCUUUCAUUUUAUUGCAUGUUAUCUAAAAUAGUAAAGGUUUUAAAACUUUAAUAUAGAUUUUGACAAAGCUUCUCUGUUAGAAAGGAUGUCAAGAGUGGGUCGAAAUGUAAGAGCUAUAUGGUCUUUACGAUAAAAAAUGUUUUUGUGCUGUGAAUAUUACCAACCGGUUUCGUAAUUAAUAAAAUUACGAAAGGUAAAUGCCACAGAGCUUUAGGUUGAGCCUCGCAUGGCAAACACAAUCUUGUCUAAAAGUGCAGUAUAUUAAAGGUAUUAGCCAUCUACCAAUGAUAUACUUUAAUGUAUUUCAAAGUUAAUAAAACUGGAAAAAGUAGUUCAGAAAAACCUGUGUUUACAUUUAUUCAGCGACACAGUAAGACACAAUCAUAUUUUUUUAUGUUUACUUUAAUGAUUUUAUAUUGUAUUGAAUGUAUUAUCAAAGAAUAAAACACAAGUCCUUUCUUUGUU